UUCACGCGUGGUGACAGCGCUCAUUUUCCCACAAACAAAAUGAGGACGGAUUUGGAGCCACGGAGUCUGCUGAUCAACCAGGCAGGGAAAGCACGCACGGCUGGGGUCGGUUUGCAAAGGGACAAGGAUAACAUCCCUCUGCACGAAGAUAUGAAGCAACCAGAAAGUGAUCUGUCAGUGGAAGAAAGAAUAUUUUUGGAAGAGUUUCCCGUCAUGAAAGAGGAGCUAGAAGUGGACCUCCGAAGGCUCCGUGCCCUUGCAGAUCACAUUGACACAACCCACAAAAUAGUCACCAAGACCAGCGUGGUGGCCAACGCCUUCGCUGUGCUCUCAGGAGCCGUGAGCAUCCUGGGCUCGGCUCUCGCUCCAGCAACAGCAGGAGGAAGCCUGGUGCUCUCGGUGACUGGCAGAGUUGUGGGGACCAGAGGGGAGGCCACCAGCAUCUUGGCCAAAAUUUUGGAAUGCUUUUACAAUCAAGAAGCCCAAGCUCAAGUUGGUAGCUUAAUGCCCACCUGUGGCCAAGAGCUCUGGCAAGCUGGGCCAAUCUCUGUCACAGCUGCCAAAAAAGUGGUCCAGAAUUGUGGCCGCACCAUCGAGAUGGGCAUCUGUGCCUUUCAGGUGGCCAGCGCUCUCCCACGCCUGGCCACCGCUGCCAAGCGUCUCCUGACCACGGGGCAAGUCUCAGCCCAGAGGAGCAGGCAGGUACAAAGGGUCUUAGAGGGAGUCGUGCAGUUGGUGAAAGCAAACGCUCCCUUGCUGAGGAUGGCGAUGGCUGGCUUCUAUCUCAGCGCGGACUUGCUCUCCCUCCUGAAGGAUUGGAAGCAGCUGAAGGAAGGGGCAAAAACAGAGCUGGCAGAAGAGCUUAGGGUCCAGGCUCGGGCGCUGGAAAGGAAGCUGAAAGAACUCACCCCGUGCUUCGAAAGCCUGCAGCAGAGGAAACUCUCACAGGAAGAAAAGACUUUGAGCUCCGCUUCGGAGGGAAUCAUGGGGACUGUGUCUCAGCCCCCGGCCAGGCGUGGGGAAGCAGGAUCCCAGGUGACAGAGAGGACAAGACAGUUGAGCCCAGGGGCCGCUGAGGGGAAUACAAGGGGACCAGGUGGGGGAUGGGCAAGGCUGGCAGAGGAGGUGGCUGGACGGAGGUCCAUGGGGGCCCUAAGGGCGCUGUUAGCUAGAGAGUGUCACUGUCACUUAGUGGAGGUCGGCCUGUCCCCUCCCUCCUUCCUGUGA